UUUUUCUCACACCAUCACUCACAACAAACAAAGGAAAAACAGACCAACUCAUGGGAAACUAAUCAUGAAGAACACACCACCCUCCUGCACCAAACAACACUCCACAAAAGCAUUUCCUAGCCACCAUCUUCCUUAAAUCUACUCUUUUUAGCUUCUUCAUAACACAAACACAAAAGCUCAACGUUUCGAAACCAUGAAACAACUCCAUUUCCUCUUCUUUUUCUUGUUUUUUACAGGCAUCUCAGCUGCGAAAACCCUGCCUGUCCAACUCAUCGCCUUGCUCUCCCUCAAAUCGUCUCUCGUAGACCCUCUUGACACUCUUCACAGCUGGAAACCUUCUAGGAAUCCUAUCUGGUGUAACUGGUCUGGCAUCAAAUGUGACCAGCAUGAUCACAUUAUUUCAAUUGACAUUUCCAACCGCAACCUUUCUGGUACCAUUGCUUCCAAUAUUCGACACUUAGGCCACCUCCGCUACUUGAAUCUCAGCACUAAUGCUUUUCAAGGACCUCUUCCACCGCAUGUAUUUGAACUACGCUCUCUCAUAAGCCUUGACAUCAGUCACAAUGCAUUCAGUUCCGGAUUCCCCUCGGGUAUAUCAAAACUUAAGUGGUUGUCCUAUCUAGACGCUUACAACAACGAUUUCAACGGUUCUUUGCCUCAAGACAUUACUCAACUUCAGCUUCUCGAGCACCUCCACCUUGGUGGCAGCUACUUUUCUGGAGAAAUUCCGGGAAGUUACUGCAGUUUUCCCAGGCUAAAGUUUCUAGACCUCGCUGGAAACUUACUCACUGGUGCACUUCCAGCUGAAAUAGGCCUUUUAAAGCAAUUACAGCGGAUUGAAAUCGGAUACAAUGAGUUUACAGGAGAGCUUCCCACCCAACUUUCUCAGUUAUCAAAUCUGACCUAUCUAGAUAUCUCAUCUGCAAAUCUUAGUGGGGAAAUUCCAAUAGCGCUUGGUAAUUUAUCCAAGCUUGAGACCCUGUUACUCUUCAAAAAUCGCUUUAGAGGAAGCAUUCCUCCUAGUUUAUCUCAACUAGCUUCGCUCAAAGUUUUAGACUUAUCUUUUAAUCAGCUCAAUGGCAUUAUUCCAAGCGAAGUAUCGUUACUCAAGGAGCUAAAUACUCUGAAUUUGAUGACAAACAAGUUAACUGGAGAUAUACCAGAAGGCGUAGCUGGUCUUCCUAAUUUAGAAUUCCUUUCCCUUUGGAACAAUUCUCUGACAGGAGUCUUGCCGCCAAAGCUUGGCUCAAACGGAAAGUUGCAAAAGCUAGACGUCUCUUCAAAUGCACUAUCUGGUCCGAUCCCUCCACACGUUUGUGAUGGCAAUAGGCUCGUGAAGCUCUUACUCUUUUCAAACCAAUUUUCAGGUCACUUGCCAUUUUCUUUAGGAAGCCGCUGUACAGCAUUAGAAAGAUUUCGCGUUCAAAACAACUUUUUGAAUGGCUCAUUACCAGAAGGAUUUGGCCUGUCACAUAAUAUAACAUUUAUGGAUGUCAGCAACAAUAAUUUUAGUGGAUCAAUUCCCAGAGAUCUUAGCAAUGCGCCAAAGCUAGAGUACUUGAACAUAUCCAACAAUUUCUUUCAGAAGGAGUUACCAGAUAACGUAUGGAGCUCGCGAAGCUUGCAGAUAUUCUCUGCUAGUCACUCCGGUCUCAUUGGAAAAUUAACGGACUUUAUUGGUUGUGAAAGCUUGUACAAAAUUGAACUAGAAGGGAAUGCAUUCACCGGUAACAUUCCCUGGGAUAUUGGUCACUGUCAUAAGCUUAUUUCAGUGAAUUUACGCCAGAAUUUGUUGACUGGAAUAAUUCCAUGGGAGAUUUCAGCUCUUCCGUCGAUUACUGAUGUUGAUUUAUCACAUAAUUUGCUGACAGGAACAAUCCCUGCAAACUUUGAUAAUUCUAGUACAUUGGAGAACUUUAACGUGUCUUAUAAUCAACUCACAGGUCCGGUCCCUUCGUCUGGUAACAUACUUUCAAUUUUUCAUCCGUCGUCGUUUAUUGGCAACAAAGGUCUCUGCGGCAGCAUCCUGCAAAAACCUUGCAGAGCAAGUGAUCAUUCUCCGAGAGACGUAGAUGUACGGGCCAAGCAGCAGAGCAGAAGUGCUGGUGCAAUUGUGUGGAUUUUGGCAGCAGCAUUAGGCCUGGUACUGUUCACAUUAAUUGCUCUAAUUAGGUGUUACCACGCUAGAUAUCACCGUGGAUUUGCAUCAGGCAACAGAGAUAUUGGACUUUGGAAAUUAACUGCUUUUCAGCGUUUAAAUUUCGUGGCAGAUGAUGUGCUUUAUUCAUUGUCUGUGACGGAUAAGAUUUUGGGGAUGGGGUCGAUGGGAACAGUUUACAAAGCCGAAAUGCCAGGUGGUGAGAUCAUAGCUGUUAAGAAGCUGUGGGGCAAGCAGAAAGAGAUGAUCAGACAGCGCAAAGGCGUGUUGGCUGAGGUGGAAGUGUUGGGAAGCGUGAGGCACCGCAAUAUAGUGAGAUUAUUAGGGUGCUGCAGUAACAAUGAGACCACAAUGCUCUUGUAUGAGUACAUGCCUAAUGGGAAUUUAGAUGAUCUGUUGCAUGGGAAUCACAAUAAAGGUCAUAAUUCGGUAGCAGAUUGGCUAACCAGAUACAAGAUAGCAAUGGGGGUAGCUCAGGGGAUUUGCUAUCUUCACCAUGAUUGUGAUCCGGUGAUUGUGCACCGUGAUCUCAAGCCCAGCAAUAUCUUAUUGGACGCUCAGAUGGAGGCCAGAGUUGCUGAUUUUGGUGUGGCCAAGUUGAUUCAGUGCGAUGAGUCUAUGUCAGUAAUUGCUGGAUCCUAUGGCUAUAUUGCGCCAGAAUAUGCUUACACUCUUCAAGUCGACGAGAAGAGUGACAUAUAUAGUUAUGGAGUGGUACUGAUGGAGAUAUUAUGUGGAAGAAGAUCAGUUGAUGCGGAGUUUGGAGAUGGGAACAGCAUUGUGGAUUGGGUUAAAACAAAAAUCAAAACGAAAGAAGGACUUAGAAAUGUGCUUGAUAAGAAUGCUGGUGCCUUAUGUGCACCUGUCAGAGAGGAGAUGAUGUUAUUGCUAAGGGUUGCCUUGCUCUGCACUAGUCGAAACCCUGCUGAUCGACCACCAAUGAGGGAUGUUGUGUCGAUGCUGUUAGAAGCUAAACCAAAGAGAAAAGUACCCGCGAGUGGAGAAUGUGGUGGCUGCAACAAACAUGUAGUUGAUUUUGAUGACCAGGACUCUGCUGCGGAAUGCUAAAAGCUUCUUGAGCAAGUGAAGGUUUUUUAUUAAUUCCUAAUGCAAGAAAUGACUGAGACAAGAAAGAGGGUGCUGGGAUUCUAGGGACGCCGUCUGCAAACUACUUGUACCUCAGGCAGAGCCGCGAAACAUAGUCGCUUAGCCUGCAACUCAGCCAGAUAUUCUCUGAUAACAAUCUAUUUGCAGGUGCUCUCCAGUGUCCACAAAAGAUUGGAUAUAUCUAGCCAACUUUAGCUCCUCUACCUUUUGCAUAAUACGUUAAAAGUUAAAACUUAAAGCAGGAUGACUCGGAUCCUGGAACUCUUCUCCUGUGUUUAUUUUAGACAUAGAGAGAGUCUUAUCCAACUUUAGCACAUCCAGAAAACAUGUAAUCUGUGCCAAUGUUCUAAUACCAAAAUUUCUAUGGCUAC